GUGAAAUCUGUGGGAACAGCAGAACCGAGGAUCCUCCUUCACGGUCCCAGCUAACCAUGGUGCCUACAUACUCCUUGAUGGGACCUUUCAGAGGACACAUGAGUCUCAAAAGUAGCACUUUUUCUCCUGGUGCUUCCUGCAAACUCUCCAAUCAGUACAUAAUUCAAGACCACAUGGCUGUUCACUCCAAGAAACUGAUGUCUGCCAAAGCUGCUGUUGAUUCAUCUGCACCAAAGAGUUUGCAUACCAGCGUUAAAUACAAACUGGGCACUGUUGGAAAAUGCUCACCCACUGUCUGAUCAGAGCAACUAUCCCAGGACAAAGAGAGAGCAGCCCCUCUCUGUAUCAUGUCAGAAGUUCACUUCAAGGACUCUGAUGCUGGCUCCUGCUGCAAGAAAGACUAUCCCAAAUACUGCUCUGUGUGCUUUGUCUCAGAUGCCAGUUCACAGUGCUAGUGCCCACAGAUCAUCUGCUACGCUCCUCCUGCAGCCGCACAUGCCUUUGGGCAGUCACAACAGGAAAAAAGCAUUCCAAAACUCUGGUCAUAAAACCUACUCUGGGGACCUCCUUGACAAACAUGCAAUUUACUUUACAGAAAAGAAGCAGUGUUUUACCCCUCGGACCUUGAAGACAUCACAUCAACCUUUUCUUGUAAAAUACAGGUAUUAUAAUCCUCCUUCCAGAAAAAGGAGCUCCUCCCCAGGCAGGCCAUCAAUUAAAUCAGCAGGCAUCAACAACAAAAAGAGAGAAGGCUUGCACAGAUUUUUAGAGGAUGCACAUAUGAGACCACAUUCUGCUCACUUUACUCAGCAGCCAGCUGAGAACCAUGAAUUGUGGAGUCAUGAUUCUGAUAUGCCACUUUUUCCAGGAUUACAACUUGAAGAAGUAGAAGAAGAGUACCUUUGUUUUCUCCAGGAUCUUACAAAUGAUAUUUUGAUUAGAAGUUGUUACCAAAAAGAGGCAUUAGAAGAUGUAUUUGAAAUGCACAUUAAAAGUAAGAGGCAUAACCUUGAUGAGGUAAAAAUGAGAAGAAUAGUUCAAAGUCUGAAGAAAGAAUUGAAUAUCACAAACCACCCAGACCCUUCCAUCAGCUGUGGGGGAACAUGCCAGAAGGAUGCCAGCAUUCCUGCAACAUGCUUUUAAUGUACAGCUCUGGGCAUUUCAGGAAGCAUGGAGAAACCACUUGGGACAGCAAACUAGAUUUUGCACCAAUUACAAUGUAAACUCUGGGCAAACAGGAAAGUGAAGAAGAGCUCCAGCUAAUGCAUCUUCCUGUGAUGUAACACAGUAUCACUAUGGCAACAACCAGGUGAGCAUGCUAAGAACCAUGGCAGAGUACCAAAGACAUUUUUACAGGGACCUACACAGUCAGAAUAGAAAGCCACAUACAAGUGUCCUUUCAUACAUUACAGAGAGAUGACAAAACACAUCCUAUGCAAUCCUACUAGGAAUCCUGAUGAGGCACUCUUGAUUUUUUUGCUCUGCAUGCUUGAUAUACAGAUUGGUUGGAAAUUAUGUUCUUGACAGAACUUCCCUAUGUGGAUUGAGACUGAAGUCUCAUCAGUUUGCAAUGGAAUGUAGAAUAUUAAACCCCACUUUCAAUAGAUUCAGGCAUUAAUCUAAGACCUCUUUAAAAUCUUAACCUACAUCAAAAACCUAAGACUAUCCAAUACUCUGAUACACACUAGUUGCUAAAAAAACCUAGACAUUGUAACCUUUCAAAAUGCAAACAUUUCACACUUAACGAAAUCUAAAGGCUUAUAAAAUACAAAUGCAGCCAAGUAGGAAAAUAUGUAACAACUAAAGUCUCAAUGUUUUCUGAUGAUAGUCAUUUCUUUCUUUAUAACAUAGUUCAAUUUUGUCUGGUUAAGAUUAGACAGCUUUCUAAAGAUAGAUGUUUUUUCCACACUCUUUUCCAAGUGGGACACUUUUCAAGGCAUCAGAUUAAAAUAGAAAAACAAUGAUUUGGAUAAAUAAAACACACCAGUUUUGUUUGGGUUUUCUCUAUUAUCAGCUACCAAAGCUUCUUCAUACUCAUGCUUCUACAAGACACUCAAUUUUUUUUAAAUUGGUGUAAUUCCACAGAUGAUCCCUAAUUAAUAUCAAUAUACAAAACUUGGUCUGAAAUAAUUUAGCUUUUAUGAGUUUUGACAGUAUCCUGACAUAAGAUGAGGCAAUAAAAUGCAUCCUUUAAGGUGG